AUGGCUGCUAUGUCCGUCAUCGGUAUUGAUUUCGGUAAUGAAUCAUGUUAUAUUGCUGUGGCUAAAGCAGGUGGUAUUGAAACAAUAGCCAACGAUUAUAGCCUUCGGGGUACUCCAUCAUGUGUGGCAUUUUCCCCAAAGAAUCGAAUAUUAGGUGUGGCUGCCAAAAAUCAAAUGGUUACAAAUAUGAAAAACACUGUGUUUGGCUUCAAGAGACUGUUAGGUAGAAAAUUUAAUGACCCCUAUAUUCAGAAGGAAUUAAAACAUUUCCCCUAUAAGGUUGAACAAAGGCCUGAUGGUGGAAUUGGUAUAAGAGUUAAUUAUCUUGGUGAAGAUAAUGUUUUCAGUCCAGAACAGAUAACAGCCAUGCUAUUUACAAAACUGAAGGAAAUUGCUGUCAAUGCACUCCAGACUCCAAUCAAUGACUGUGUAAUAUCUGUGCCUAGUUAUUUCACAAAUGCUGAGAGAAAUGCUUUACUGGAUGCGGCUGGUAUAGCUGGACUUAAUGUACUGCGCCUAAUGAAUGAAACAACUGCAACUGCUUUAGCUUAUGGAAUUUAUAAACAAGACCUGCCUGCCCCUGAAGAGAAGCCUAAGAAUGUUGUUUUUGUUGACUUUGGUCAUAGCUCCCUGCAGGUGUCUGCUUGUGCCUUUAAUAAAGGCAAAUUACGUGUUUUGGCAACAUCAUCAGAUCCUCAGUGUGGUGGCAGAGAUAUAGAUAUGGCCCUAGCUGAUUACUUCUGCCAGGAAUUUAUAACUAAAUAUAAGUUGGAUGCAAGAAAAAAUCAAAGAGCCUUCUUACGGUUACUCCAGGAAGUAGAGAAAUUGAAGAAGCAGAUGUCAGCUAACAGUACUAGAUUACCGAUUAAUGUUGAGUGCUUCAUGGAAGAACGCGAUGUUUCGGGUGACUUGCAGCGCUCGCAAAUGGAGCAGAUAUGUGCUGAGACAUUCACACGUUUCGAAAGAGCUCUUAGAGCUAUUUUACACAAUGCUAAACUAAGACCAGAAGAUAUUCAUUCGGUUGAGAUUGUCGGUGGAUCUACCAGAAUUCCAGCUGUUAAAAGUCUGAUUGAACAAGUAUUUAACAAACAUGCCUCGACAACCUUAAAUCAGGACGAGGCCGUGGCCCGGGGCUGCGCGCUGCAGUGCGCCAUGCUGAGCCCGGCCGUGCGCGUGCGCGAGUUCAGCGUGGCCGACGUGCAGCCCUACGCCGUGCGCCUGGCCUGGGACGCCGCCAAGGGCGAGGACGGCGACAUGGAGGUGUUUCCUGCCUUCCACGCCGCGCCCUUCUCCAAGAUGUUAACCUUUUACAGAAAGGAGCCUUUCUCCGUUCGUGCUUACUACUCCGAUCAGAUUCCCUUCCCUGAUCAAUUCAUCGGACAAUGGCAGAUCAAAGAUGUACAACCAACAUCGGAGGGAGAAUCGCAAAAAGUAAAACUAAAAGUUAGAGUGAACAUACAUGGUAUAAUAACGGUUGCGUCCGCUUCGCUCGUUGAAAAGAAACAAGACGCUCAGAAUGAAUCUAUAGAGAUGGAGAACACUCAUGACAAUGCCCAAGGCCAGGAGGCUGCCAUGGACACGAACGGCGCCAAUGUAGAUCAGCAAAAUGGCCCUGAGAACCAAGAGGAACACAAUGAUGAUAAAAAGGAUAAAACAAAAGAAAAGAAAAAGGUCAUCGUUAAGACAAUUGAACUGCCUAUUGAUGCUCAAACACAUGGGUAUUCAAAACAUGAACUCAACACCUAUAUGGAACAAGAGGGUAAAAUGCAAGCUCAGGAUAGACAAGAGAAGGAGCGAGCAGAUGCACGUAAUGCUUUAGAAGAAUAUGUAUAUGAAUUACGUGGAAAGUUGUCAGAGGGUGAAUCCCUGCACGACUUCGUAGCUGAUGAUCACCGUAGUCGGCUUGUUAACCAACUGGAUAGCCUGGAGCAGUGGUUGUAUGAUGAGGGUGAAGACCAACAUAGACAGGUAUAUAGCGAUAAAUUAUCUGAGUUACGAACUGAAGGGGAGCCGAUCAAACAGCGGCGUCUGGAAUAUGAACUCCGCCCAGGUGCAUUAGAUGAUUUCGCACUAUCGAUUCAGUUAGCAAACAAAGGUGUUGAUCAAUACAAGGCUGGUGAUAUUAAGUAUUCUCAUUUAUCUGAUAAUGACAUCCAAAAAGUGUCAGAAGCAGCAAAGAAUGCCUUAAAUUGGCUGGAGACCGCUCGCCAGACUCUCGCUCACACCCCGCGCCACCAAUCGCCUCAGCAUACCAUUCACCAGAUUCGCCAAGAAAAACAGACCUUCGAAAAUAUUGUUAACCCCAUCUUAAACAAACCCAAACCUAAAGAAAAAACCCCACCGCCAGCUAACCCCACUGCGGGUGAUGGACAGCCGGAAAACACGCCCAGCGAUGCACAACAAACACAAGAACAAAUGGACGUUGAAUGA